AUGCCCGGGCGGCUCGAAGGAAAGGUUGCCAUUGUGACAGGCGCCGGAUCAGGCUUUGGCUACGGCAUCGCAAAGAAGUUUGUCGAGGAAGGCGCCAAUGUCAUCAUCGCAGAGCUAUCGCAGCAAAGCGGAGAGAAAGCCGCAGCCGAGCUGAACUGCAAGUUCAUCCUCACUGACGUGACGAGGCGGGAGUCCUGGCAGGCAUUGCUGCAAGCAACACUGGAUGCAUAUGGGAAACUCGACAUUGUCGUCAAUAAUGCUGGUGCGACCUAUAGCAAUAAGCCCACCGCCGAAGUCACCGAUGCAGAUUUUGACCUGUGCAUGAAUGUCAAUAUCAAAUCGAUCUAUCUGUCCACGAGCGUCAUAGUGCCGUACUUCCUUGAGAAUAAUCGGCCCGGGUCGUUUAUCCAGAUCUCAUCGACGGCUGCACUGCGUCCUCGUCCGGGCUUGACGUGGUAUAAUGCGUCAAAGGCAGCUGUAAGCAAUGCGACCAAGACAAUGGCUGUCGAGUAUGGGCCCAAGCAGAUUCGUUUUAAUUGUGUCUGUCCCGUCGUUGGUAGCACAGGGAUGACACAUUUAUUCCUUGGUAAGCCAGAUACUGAAGAAAACCGCGCUGCUUUUGUUUCAACUGUGCCGCUGGGUCGGCCCAGUACUCCUCGGGAUGUUGCGAAUACUUGUUGCUUCCUGGCAAGCGAUGAAGCGGAGUUUAUCACGGGGGUGAACUUGGAGGCCAAGGAAAUCUCAAGGCUUUAUGAGAGCAGUCAAACUCUCCAUAAACAAUGCGAAGACAUCGUACGGCUCCCAGAAGCGAAGGAAUUCGCAAUCGGGUUGAUUUGGGCACUUGCAAAUCCCCGGGAACGUGGCCGUAGCGACGCCAGCGGGUGGAAAAAGACCAUUCCACAAUUUUGCGGAAUCAGCAUUUCGCUCCGCACGACAGCAUUCUUGACCAACACAAUCGCCGGGCAAGCAAAAGGGGCCCUGACACAGUUUAUCAAUGGCCUAGAUCUUCAAAAAGAUACUCGCAAAAUUUUUAACAAUAUGUUCGAACUCCCAGACGCAAAACGCGUUCGUCGCGAUGAACUCCUUUCGCGAGAUUCGGCUUCACGGUCACCCUCACCGCAGCCGGAAUCAUCGUUCCAAGAGGCUCAUCAGCGAUUGGGCGCGCUCCUCAACCUUGAUGCAUUGUUAGCGCCUGCAGAAUCCACCGCUCCAGCACCCAGAGCACAGGAGGACGGCCAGCAACAAGAAGAUGAGGAGCAAGAAUUCGAGUUCCGUUUGUUUAGCGCCCCUGCUGCGCCAACAGCUACAACCAAGGACGAGAAGACGCCUGCGAUGGAAGGUGGAGAUAAAGCAGUAAGCGGGGGUACUCAAAAAUUGAGGAUUCGGUUACGCUCGCCGACACCUGGAGCGGUGGAUGGGGAGGGACGAUUUCUUAAUCCCUUCCGAGGGUGGCAGUAUUACUUUACAACGCCGGAACUGCUUACUGGGUCCGGUGCGAAGCAGGAUUCAGCUUCGACUUCGACCAUCCGGAGGAAGCAAUUCGAGGAAGUCGCUGUGACCGGUCAGCAGAUGCUGGGGUGGUCGGAGGUGUCCUGGCCUGGUUGCCAUCUACCAUGGCGAGUGAUACAUCUCAAGCGGCAGCAUACCAAGUUACCUCCUGCAUCUGCAGAUCCAACUGCAGUCGCGACUAUUUGCGUUACGAACCCUCCGGCAAAAGACCCCAAGUCUCGAAAGAAGCCCGGGAAGAAGCGACGUAUCCAGUUGCGGAAGCGAAUAAACACCGCAGAGCAGGAGAAGCAGAGGGAGGCAGAGAAGCGAAAUCGCAAGAACCGAGAGAGGAAAAUCAAACGGAGACAGAAAGCAAGAGAAUUGAAAGCUGCAGCUGCAGCUGCAUCGGGACAAAGUCAAGAUGUCGCGGAAGCGGAGAUGAAAGAUGCUUCUGAUGCGAGCGAUUGA